AUGGAAGAUGCUCAACAGAAACACAAGGAGACUCUGCGGGCACAAACUGAAACACUGAGAGUGAACACGAUCCUGAUGAGGGAGAAGGUGAAGGUUUUCCAGCUGGUUGAUCGAUACGCUGAGCUCACGGUCAUUUCUACUGUUCGAGAUCGGAGACUGGUGGAACAUGAGCUACUGGCAAGAGGCAGAGACCACGAGGAGUGGAGAGAAAAACAUCUCUGCGGAGAGCUGGAGAAACUUCAGAUGGAUCAGUUGUUCCAGAGCAGCUUUUCCCAAACUAACUCCAAAUCUGGGAGUUCAGCAGUGGCCGGAGUCCCAGGGAUUGGGAAAACAACAAUGGUACAAAAGAUUGUUUACGACUGGGCCACGGGGAAAAUAUACCAACAGUUCCAGUUUGUAUUCAGUUUCAAAUUCCGGGAUUUAAACACCAUUAACUGUAGAAUAAACCUGAAGGAACUGAUUCUGGAUCAGUAUCCUUACUUUGGGAAUAUCCUGAGAGAGGUCUGGAAGAACCCAGAGGGAUCGCUGUUUAUAUUUGAUGGUUUGGAUGAAUUCAAUGACCAAAUUAAUUUUUCUGACAGUCGGAGAGACACGGAAACUCGGUACACAUGCAUAGAUCCUGAAUACAAGUGCAAGGUGUCUGACAUUGUGUACAGUUUAAUCCAGCACAAGCUGCUCCCAGGGUGUUCAGUGCUGGUGACCACCCGUCCCACUGCGUUACAUUUAUUGGAAAAGGCUGAGAUCGGUACCGAAGCUGAAAUCCUGGGAUUUUCAGGUGAGGAACGGAAGGAAUAUUUCAUCAGACAUUUUGAAGAUCAGACGGUGGCGGCAGCUGUUUUCAAACACGUGAAGGAGAACGAGAUCCUGUACACCAUGAGCUACAACCCCUCCUACUGCUGGAUCCUCGCUCUGACACUGGGCCCCUUCUUCACACAAAGAGUCAGGGACCCGCAGCGAGUUCCCAAGACCAUCACCCAACUGUACUCCUACUAUAUUUACAACAUCCUGAAAAACCACGGCCGUGAGAUUGAGAACCCCCGUGAUGUGUUACUCAGGGUUGGUCAGAUGGCCUUCAGAGGAGUGUCCGAGAGGAAGAUUGUGUUUACAGAUGGAGAUUUGAUCAAGUACAAUCUGCAGCCUUCCCAGUUCCUGUCCGGGUUCCUGAUGGAGCUUUUGGAUAGAGAGGAUUCUGCCCGGAGCGUGGUGUACACAUUCCCACACCUGACCAUCCAAGAGUUUGUAGCUGCAGUCGCACAAUUCCUGAAUCCAGAUGGCAGAGAUAUUACGAAACUCCUCACUGAAGCCCAUUGCGUGAGGGAUAGGCGAUUUGAGGUAUUUCUCCGUUUUGUUGCUGGUCUCUCCAACCCAAUGACAGCUCGGGGCCUGGAGGAGUUUCUGGGUCCAUUUCCCAAUGAAACAACCUGCCGGGUGAUUGACUGGGUGAAGGAGGAGGUUAAACGCCGGAGUGGAAACACAGAGAGUGAAGCUGGUAAAAGGAGCCUCCUGAACACAUUGCACUACCUGUUUGAGUCUCAGAAUCGUCGACUGGCUCAGGCUGCACUGGGAUCUGUGGAAAGGUUUUCACUCACUGGAAUGACACUGACCCCGAUUGACUGCGCAGUCCUGUCUCAUGUCAUCGGACUCUGUGAUACAAUAAAACAGCUCGACCUGGAGAACUGCCACAUUCAGUGUGAAGGAAUCCAGCGGCUGGGACCCGGGCUGCACAAGUGCCAGGAGUUGAGACUUGGGCAUAAUGAACUGGGAGAUUCAGGAGUGAAACUGGUGUCUGCGGCUCUAAGGAACCCGGAGUGUAAAAUACAGACACUGUGGCUGAACCGUGUCGGUCUCACAGAUUCUGGUGCCGAGGAUCUCGCCUCCGCUCUCAGUACAAAACCAUCACUGACGGAGCUGGACCUGAGAUCAAACUCUCUGACAGACGGAUCUGUCCCCGCUCUCCGCCGCCUCAUACUGACCCUCCCGAGUCUGGAGCGGAUCUGGCUGGUGGGGAAUCGGUUCAGUGAGACCGGGGAGAAGGAACUGAGAUCUCUACAGGAACCCAGACCCGGACUGAGAGUGGAUCUGUGGACAUUUGGCCGAUUCCUUUAACCUUUAUCUUACCUGGAACCCAGACCCGGACUGAUGGCGGAUCUGUGAACCUCUGAAUGUGUGAACAUCCCCGCCCGCGGGAUGGGGACAUUUGGCCGACUCCCCGCCCUCCCCUUUAACUCCCGCCCUUACCUUUAACGGCCGCGCGCCGGGGCUGAUUCCCAACGGUUUUAACGGACCCGGCUCGGGCCUCGCGCUGCGUGCGUCGAUCGGAGCGGUCCCGCAGUGACGUGUUUCCGCCUGUUGUCCGGCGGGACAGCUUCCGCCGGAAGUGCGUGUACGAGACACCGACGUGACUCCCCGGGGAAUUACCCGGACAGGAAGAGCCCGGGGUCCGGGGCUCAGUCUGGGACACUGGUGUCCCGGGGUGGGGGGUAUGAUCCCGGGAGAGAAUCCUUUUGCCCCCUUUGAUGAGGACGGUGCAUUCGGCAGCCUGGCCGAUAUAAUGAUGUUAAAUGGACAAAUCCCUCGGCAGUGACCCUGGAUCUGUAGCGAUCCCGGACACGGCCCAGAAGUGUGAUUUUAUAAUCAUCGGUUCCCCGAUGCAGAGUGACGGUGAGAAACGGGACUGAUUAUUCAACCGGUCACUCCUUGUCGCCGGUCAGUUAAUUGUGUGUGACUGUGAGUGAGUCGGGAGCAGCUUAUUUAUUCCCGCACGUCAGCAGCUCACACAUUGUUUCAUUUACAUUUGUCAUAAUGGAAUCAAUAAACCGCUGUA